AGCUGCUUCCUGUUCAUCAAACUCAGAUCCAUAACCUUCACCGAAGUCAAUCUUAAAGAGAAAGAUGUUCCAAUUUUUUACAUGGUUAGUGGCAGGAGACAACUAUCCCUUGAAUUCUCACAGAAUAAUUCGCUUGAAAUCCUUGCCUGUGCUAAAUCUCCCCUCACGUCCGCCAUGUUGUUUUUCGGCGAAACAGCGCUGACUUGAGACUUGAGGACUCCGGACUCUUGCUCAUUCCCAGAUUCCUAAUUCUUAAGACGACGCGAGGGAAACAAAGACCCCGGGAACUAAGCUUCUAAAUAAAUCUCUAUAGGAAAUCUAGACGCCAAAAUCUGCCUACAAACAAGGUUCAGUCACCAUCUCCAGAAUCAAGGUUUCCAAGAGAACAUCCGAGAAGAAGAAAUGGGUCUCUCAAGUUGGUUUCGUGACCUGGGAGUUCCGUGGAAAAUUUCAGUCGGAAUUCUUGGUGGUGUUGCCGCAGUCACAAGUGCCUAUGGACUGUACACAUUUUAUGCUCACCUCCAAGAUCGCAAAGACGAAUCUUUCGACGGCGAAACAGCUGGGGAAACAUCGGAGAAAAAGAUUCUAGUUUUGGGAUUAGAAGGCGCCGGGAAGAGCACUUUCCUUGCAGCCUUGGCACAGCACGAUAGCCCGAUUACUUCAGAGCGGGAAGCCACUAAGCCUACCGAAGGUUUUCAUGUUGUUUGUGUGUCGACUGAAGGAAUCAGCCUAAAUAUUUGGGAGAUUGGAGGAAAGUUUCAAUCCUACUGGCCCAACUUUCUCACAGAUGUCAGUGUCAUUGUGUAUGCCAUUGACAGUAGUGCUUCUGAAAGAUUUGAUGAGUCCAAGAAUGCCCUGUUAGGAGUUCUCUCAGAAGACACCCUUAAGGGAGUCCCCCUGCUAUUGCUUGCUUGCAAACAAGAUGCAGAAGGUGCUAAACCGUCAGAGGAUAUAGCAUCAAUCUUUGGACUUCAGGAACUGUGUUCUACCCAUAAAGUUCGAAUUGCUGCUAUUGAAAUCUUAGGUAAUGGGGAGGCUCGUGGAGUACAAGAGGCCAAGGAACUCAUCUUAAACUUUUGUGCACAAAAAUAGCUCUAAUUAUUCUUUCCCUUGAAGGUUCUUCAUGGCACAGUCUUUUGUAUAUAUAUAUAGUAUGUACUACUGGUACCUUGUAGAAUUUAUUUCAAGUUAACAUGUGCAGCUAUAUUAACUGUGAUGUAAAUACUUAUUAUAAUAGUUACAUUUCAAUGAAAGUGGACUCUUAUCCAGUAGGUCAGAGAAGUAGCUGCAGACUUCGAUUAUUUUGCUAACCAGACUGGUCUCUGGAAACGAGAGACCUAUGAUUAAGGAUGGAGAGGGCUUACUGUCAUUUAGCUUUAAGAGGAGCUGCACAAAGCACAAUCUGGUUAUCUGUGAAAGAACAUCCCAGACAAAAAUUUGCUUCAA